AUGCACAAAGAGGAACGCGAGGAGAACGCCCUCGCUUUACCUUCCGCGGUUCAAGACACUCUUCUUUCACCGUCGUGUGGUGCUAGAGAUGUUGUGAUCCGUUUCCAAGACGAUCUGCUUCUGGAUCAAACCUCUUUAGAAAGUCCAAAUGACGAGACAAAGAGAAAGAUUCGUUGUUUAGAAAGAAAGGCAAAAAUUUCAAAUAGAAUGGAUGUGGUAGAACACUCGAGGGAAGUUUCACCUGCCGGGACAACAGGUCCCUUACUUCCUGAGAAUCUUGAUGUUCAAGAUAUUCCUUUUCAACUAAGCAGACACCUUUCUGGGAAUUUGAGUGGCGGAGACGAGUGGACGAUGGUGGCCGAGAGACUUGAGUUAUCUCCAGCAGAGAUUCGUUUCCUAGAGAAGCGGUCGCGUAACUCGUUUGAGGCUGCGCUGGUGCACUGUCGGAAUCACCAGUAUCUAACUUUUGGAGAGCCGUAUGAUGUUCUAGUUAAUUGUGGGUAUCCAGCAUAUGCUGACUUUUUGUGAAGCUAUGAUUUGAGUUUUAUCUAUGUAGGGUCUGUUUCUAUUCAAAACGGGUAAAUUUAAUGAAUUUGUGUAUAAGGGUCAGUGAGGGUUUUAGUUUUCUACACAGCACAAAAGGUCGUUUUGCAACGAUUUAGCAAUCUGCAGUUAAUGCUUUUAUUUUUGUAUAGCUUUAUCUCUCAAGCAUUUUUACAUACAUAUUCUU